AUGCACGCGGAAGCUUCUGACGAGUACAUCUCAUCAUCAAUGGAGAUCAAUCAGCAUGAAGAGGACGGAAAACUACCAUCGUGAAGAAUUCACACACAUCAUCGUCGGAGCAGGAUCUGCAGGAUGUGUUCUGGCAAACCGCCUCUCUGCCCGACCUAGCAACAAUGUUCUACUCCUCGAGGCGGGAAUCGAAGGAACUUCUUUGAGAAAUAGGAUUCCAGCUGCUUUCCGUUACAAUCGAAGUGACAUGACCUCUAAUUGGUAUUACCACACCAUCCCUCAGAAGUAUAUGAACAACAGAGAAGUAUAUUGGCCUAGGGGUAAAGUUCUUGGUGGCUCUUCAGUUCUUAACUCAAUGGUCUAUACCAGGGGUCAUGCUGACGAUUACGACCGAUGGGAACGAGAGGGUGCCAUAGGCUGGUCAUAUUCAGAUUGUCUACCAUAUUUCAAACGAUCACAGUGGCAUGAACUUGGUGAAGAUGACUAUCGUGGAGGUGAUGGUCCUCUUCAUGUAUCUAGAGGUAAAUCAAAGAGUGCAAUUUUCGAUGCAUUUAUCAGAGCAGGAGAAGAAUGCGGAUAUCCAUUUACUUCCGACAUGAAUGGAUAUCAACAGGAGGGUUUUGGAUAUGUUGAUAUGACAGUGCACAAGGGGAUUCGAUGGGAUGCUGCAAGUGCAUACCUUCGAUCUGGGGACGUCCUGAAGAGAAAUAAUCUUACCAUUAUCUCAAACUCAUUCGCUGAUCGAAUUCUGUUUCAAGGAACAAAGGCAGUUGGCAUUGAGUACACCCAGAAUAAUACUAAGGAAGUCGCAGUGGCGACACAUGAUGUGAUUUUAUCUGGAGGGUCAAUCAAUUCCCCGCAGUUGCUUAUGCUCUCUGGCAUUGGCAAUGCAGAUGAGCUGAAGCUACUGGGCAUCACUGUGGUCAGUCAUCUUCCUGGAGUGGGACAAAAUCUUCAGGAUCAUCUGCAGGUCGUCUUAAAUUAUGGUACAGGAAAAACAAAUUCGUUUUCUCAUCUUCCUACUAAGAUAGCCGAUAGUCUGGAGUGGUUGAUGUUUGGGACAGGUCCUACCGCUACGACCAACCUUGAAGCUGGUGCUUUUCUCAGAAGUCACUCUUUGACGAAUCACCCUAAUAUUCAAUUUCUUUUGGAAGGAUCGGGGAGAAGAGAGAGUGGGUUUAAUAUCCAUGUGAAUACCCUGAGAGAAACCAGUCGAGGAUACAUCAAGCUCAGGUCUUCUCAUCCUAAGGACCACCCUAUUAUUGACCCAAACUAUCUUCACACAGAUACUGACCGCAGAGACCUACGUCAAGCUAUCAAAAUCGCGCAAGAUGUCGUUUCCCAGAAAGCCUUUGACGAAUUCCGGGCAAGUGUAAUGCAAGAGAUAUCAUCUGCCAAGAGUGAUGAUGAACUCGAUGCUUUUAUCCGUGCCAAUGCAACCACAAAUUAUCAUCCAUCGUGUACCUGCAAAAUGGGUUCUGAAGAUGAUCCUAUGGCUGUUGUUGAUAGCAAAACCCGUGUCUUUGGCUUAGAGAAUAUUAGAGUUGUAGACGCGUCCAUUAUGCCUAGUAACUUGAGUGGAAAUCUGAAUGCCCCUGUUAUAAUGAUUGCAGAGAAGGUAGCUGACAUCAUUCUUGGAAAUACUCCUCUUAAAAGGUCGAAUGUUCCUGUCUGGAGACCUUCCCUAUAGAGAAAUGACAUACCGGAUCAAUGAACUAUUACCUACCAUUUUAUCUACUUUAAACAUUUUUCAGCCCAAAACCUUUCAACCGAUCAACUUCAAAAAAUGAAAAACUGUUCUAACAUGUCUAAGUCGAAGGGUAUACUUUUUUGCAAAUGAUGUGCAUUGAAUAUAUUAUUUCAUCUAUUUUUAUUUUAGUCAGUAAAGAUAGUCUGAAGGCGGCAUUAGGAACCAUUAUUGGAUGACCUACAACGAUAGAGGAUGUACAGAAAAUCAUGUGUUUACGUAUUUACCUGGAGAUUGCAAAUCAGAACCUGGAUAAAAAAAAAUAAGGGUUUCACAGAGAAGGCCCAACUCAAAGAAAGAAAGGGAGUGAAGCGACAGAUCUUGUCAUGGAGUGCUUUUGCAUUUUCUAAAGUAAAACUAAAAGAAUUCGAGCACAUAUUGUCAUUAAAUUUUCAUUAAGAAAGAUAAAUUUUAAAAAAUGUCUGGGGCAGCAACCCCGAUUCCUCCCCACUGUGUACUGUGUAACUAAUGAGAGUUUCUUGACUGUUUAAUAAUAGUUUUUUUAUAGCGCAUAUCAAAGCCCAUGGGCGUCUAUAUGCGAUUAAAAGAAAGGGAGAUGAUUAAAGCUGUUAUGUAGACUGUCUCAAUAAUAAAGCGCAAAUAAAUAAGUUUUGAGGCGAAUUUUUAAUGCAGAGCAUGUAGAUGAUUCCUUGAUGAAAGAAGUGAUCGUAUUGGGGCAGCACUGGUUGUCUUGUUGAUAUUCCAAGAUAAUUAAUAGUUGACCACAUUGGAGCACUAACCCGACAAUGAAUAUUGUUGAACACGCCCCUUUCAUACUGAAUUCUUUUUUUUGAUGCAUCCUGAGUAAUUGGGACUGCAGCUGUAUAAGGAAUCCCAUCAGAGUUAGAAGUAUUCUGAUGAAGAGAAAGCCCCUGGUUCUUCUGAAUAUCGCCCGAAAGUACAAUGUUGAAAGUUGAAAUCAGUGUUACUAUAAUAGGGUACUUUUACCAAUGAACUUUGCCCAGACAAAGGGACACUUAAGAUGCCAUUCCUGGGAUUUAAAAGACCAAAGUCUCAAAAGACCACUUUCUUUGUCAAACUUGUUAGUUACUAAGAAUUGCCAACAUCAUAAAAAAGGAUCAACUAAAUCAUUGUUCCUCCUUUUGUUGUCCAAAACGACAAAGGGCACUUGUGUUUAGUAUUAUAGAACAUGGCAAUGUAGAGGCUGUGGUCUACUUCAAGAAGCAGAUUGAAUCCAAAAUAAACUUCCAUAAAAUGCAAAAACCUGAGUCGGAGAUAUGAUUACAAAUUU